AUGAAAGAAAACGAUGAUUCCCUGUUGCUCCCCGAGGCGUUUGACCCGUAUCAGCGGACUUACAUUUGCACCCACGAUUGGAAAAAGAGGAAGUCACGCAGUGAAGGUAGUCGUCCAAAGCAGCAUAUACGGUUGACGAAUUUCCCGUUUAGAUUCGUGGUACAGUGGAAUUUGUCAAGGGGCGAGCUGCAAGUAAAGCUUGGAUGCUUUACCCACAAUCACCCGGUAUCGGCUGCUGCCUACGCGACGUAUCCGACUUCUCGUGGAGUUGACAAUCCACUUGUAGAAGCACGUGUGGAAGGUAUGUUGGCCGUAGGUGCAAAACGCGCUCGAAUCUACGACUAUCUUCUGGAACACGAUCAGAAUGUCAUCCAAGUUGAUGUGGAUAACAUGGUGCGUGAGCAUAAAUCGUCGGUGUCAAGUGUUGACGAUAACGAAGCUACCGCGAGAGAAGUCGCGACUUUCGCAGCAGCUGAUCCAGAGAACGUUGCAUCUAUUGCAGAUACUGAUGCAGGUGAAACGGGUGUCAUAUCGCUGGCGAGUGCACACAAGCGCCGUGUAUAUGACCGAUUUAGCGAAGUGCUGCUAGUUGAUUGCAGCCACAAAACGAAUCGAUACGUGGAUUUGUCUCUCUACUGA